CAGGAGCUAGAAGGGGGCGGUGGCAGCGACGGCGGCGCACAGGCUCUUAGCCCCUCUCCCUCCCCCUUCCCCUCCCCGUGCCCGGUGCUGCCUGAGUCCGUUCCCAGCCGGCGAGGCUCACGCACCGACUGGGCUCGUCGCGGCGGCGGUUGGGGUCGGAGCUUGGAGAGGUACGAGGGACCCCCGAACUUGGUCCGUGGGGUCGGUGCGGAGUGAUGGGCCCCGCGGCCAAUCAGAGGCUCGCAGAUGGGUCAGGGGCUGUGGAGAGUGGCUAGGAACCAGCAGCUGCAACACCAAGGAUACAGUGGGCCAAGCUAUCUCACCAGAGAGCAUGGUAGAAGAUUAGCUACUAACAGCAUUUCAAACACAAACCAUCGUAAACAAGCCCAAGGAGGAAUUGACAUCUACCAUCUGUUGAAAACAAGAAAAUCUAAAGAACAAGAAGGAUUCAUUAACCUGGAAAUGCUGCCCCCUGAGCUUAGUUUUACCAUUUUGUCAUAUCUGAAUGCAACUGACCUCUGCCUGGCUUCUUGUGUCUGGCAGGAUCUUGCUAAUGAUGAGCUUCUCUGGCAAGGGUUGUGCAAAUCCACUUGGGGACACUGCUCUAUAUACAAUAAGAAUCCACCUCUAGGAUUUUCUUUUAGAAGAUUGUAUAUGCAGCUGGAUGAGGGCAGUCUCACCUUUAAUGCCAACCCUGAUGAGGGAGUUAACUACUUUAUGUCCAAGGGUAUACUGGAUGAUUCACCAAAGGAAAUAGCUAAGUUUAUCUUUUGUACAAGAACACUAAAUUGGAAGAAACUGAGGAUCUAUCUUGAUGAAAGGAGAGAUGUUUUGGAUGACCUUGUGACACUGCACAACUUCAGAAAUCAGUUCUUGCCAAAUGCACUGAGAGAGUUUUUCAAACACAUUCAUGCCCCUGAGGAGCGUGGGGAGUAUCUUGAGACUCUUAUAACAAAGUUCUCACACAGAUUCUGUGCUUGUAAUCCUGAUUUGAUGAGAGAACUUAGCCUUAGCCCUGAUGCAGUUUAUGUACUAUGCUACUCUUUGAUUCUGCUUUCCAUUGAUCUUACCAGCCCUCAUGUGAAGAACAAAAUGUCAAAGAGAGAAUUUAUCCGAAACACACGACGUGCUGCUCAGAACAUUAGUGAAGAUUUUGUAGGGCACCUUUAUGACAACAUCUACCUUAUUGGCCAUGUGGCUGCCUAAAAGCACAAUUUGCUAGGACUAAGAAUUUGUAGUUUACAAAAACUAAAGCUACCCAAGGAGUUAAUUAUUUUGUAGAUAUGGGGGUUAUAUUAGUGCUGGUCAUUCUAACCUCUGUAUACAAUCACAAUGUGUGUUGUAUGUACUACCUUUUUUAGCAAUUUACCAUGGGAACCGAAGGAUUUUGCAAAAAAAUUUCUUAA